AUGAUGAUCCUUCGGCCGAUGCACCGGUAUUCUGGCCGGAGCCCGGUGCUGGCCGUCAAGCGGGAUGCCGCCGACCCCAAGAGUCGGGUGGUGAUCACCGGCCAGGGACUCGCUUCCGUGUUCGGAAACGACGUGGACACCUUCUACGACUGCUUGCUGGAGGGAAAGAGCGGCGUGGACACCAUUACCAGGUUUGACAUCACCGAGUUCCCCACCAAGUUUGCCGGCCAGAUCAAGUCCUUUGACGUGGAGGGCCUGGUGGACAAGAAGAAUGCUCGGCGGUACGACGACGCCCUUUCCUAUGCCAUGGUCGCAUCUAAGAAGGCCUUGCGUCAGGCGGGUCUGGAGAAGGAGGCCUGCCCCGAGGGGUACGAGAAGCUGGACAAGACGCGUGUAGGCGUGCUGGUAGGCUCCGGCAUGGGCGGCCUGACCGUCUUCCAGGACGGCGUCAAGGCCCUGGUGGAGAAGGGGCACAAGAAGAUCACGCCCUUCUUCAUCCCCUACGCCAUCACCAACAUGGGCAGCGCGCUGGUGGGCAUCGACCAGGGCUUCAUGGGCCCCAACUACUCCAUCUCCACCGCCUGCGCCACGGCCAACUAUGCAUUUGUGAACGCGGCCAACCACAUCCGCAACGGCGACGCGGACGUGAUGGUGGCGGGCGGCUCCGAGGCCUCCAUCGUGCCCGUGGGCCUGGGCGGCUUUGUGGCCUGCCGCGCGCUGUCUACGCGCAACUUUGAGCCCUGGCGCGCCAGCCGACCGUGGGACGCGGGCCGCGACGGCUUUGUCAUGGGCGAGGGCGCGGGCGUGCUGGUGCUGGAGUCCCUGGAGCACGCCCAGGCACGCGGCGCCACCAUCCUGGCCGAGUACCUGGGCGGCGCCUUCACCUGCGACGCGCACCACAUGACCGACCCCCACCCUGAGGGCCUGGGCGUGAGCACCUGCAUCCGCCUGGCCCUGGCCGACGCGGGCGUGGACCGGGACGAGGUCAACUACAUCAACGCGCACGCCACCUCCACGCUGGUGGGCGACAAGGCGGAGAUCAAGGCCGUGCGCGGCGUGUUUGGCGACAUGCGCGGCACCAAGAUGAACGCCACCAAGUCCAUGAUCGGGCAUUGCCUGGGCGCGGCGGGCGGGCUGGAGGCCAUCGCCACCAUCCAGGCCAUCCGCACGGGGUGGGUGCACCCCACCAUCAACCACGACGACCCCAUCCCGGAGGUGGAGGGCAUCGACAUCGUGCCCAAUGUCAAGGCGCGGCAUGACGUCCGCGUCGGCAUCUCCAACUCCUUUGGCUUCGGCGGGCACAACUCCGCCGUCGCCUUUGGGCCCUACAAGGAGGCAUGA